AUGAGAUUUUUCAGCUAUAGGGCAUCAUCUUCUCCUCUUACUCCACCUUGGGAUCUCUAUAGGGAGCUGCUCUCACAAAAUGAUGGAUUAAGGCUGGUAGAGUUGAUUGGCAGCAAGCAUUUGUCCGUUCUGCUAAAAGAUGAAAUAUUUACAGACUUCUUCAACACAUUCCUGAAUCUUCCUGUGUUCGGUCAGACACCUCUUUUCAUUUGCAGAACGCGUCAGUGGUACCUCUGGCCAGAAUUACCAUGCAACCAGGUAUCAAAGCACAAAGGCUUGUUGAAUUGGAUGGAGAAGCAUCGGCUGCCUUUCUUCUGCAAAACAAAUCUGUUUCUUCAUUAUGUACUCUGUGCGGAGCUUGUCAGUUUCAUCCGCUCUCCAGAGGCAGCGGAGAUGUUGCGAUGGAGAAAGGCUGAUCAGUGGCUGCUUGAGAAAUGCAUUGCUGGCAGUAGAGGCAUGUGGCGUUUUCGGUCCUUCAUGCAAGGAAUGGCAGGUGAAGAGCUCACCAAAUUCUGGCUUGCUGCAGAAAGGAUACUAGGGAUUGAUGAAACAGAUGAAUCCCAGCAAGAUCUCUAUGUGUCACUGUUCCAGAUCCUAAUGGCCACCCACUUGCAGGAAGGGUCUACAGUUGUCACUCUCUGUAACACAACUGUUGAAUCACUUCUGAAAAAGACUCCCUUUCACCGGCAACACGUCCAUACUCGAAGGGAAAUUCUAAACGAGAUGCAGAAAGUGGCCCUGUUCAAGAUUGAAAGCUACUGGCUCCCCAACUUUUUCAUUCAUUGCAAAUUAAGCAUGGAGGAGGAGCCCACAUGUCUCCAUCUACUCAAUCAAUAUCAGGACCGCUCACUUCAAAUUGGCAUGCAGAGGCAGAAGGGAAUAGCUCUGCCUCCGAUGAGCAUCCGAGAAAGCAGUUUGGACACAAAAUCCUACUACAGUUUGAAAAACAAAAGGGAACUCUGGGAUCAGAUCAGAGGUAGGAGCCUCUCUCACAAAGCGAAAAAAAAAGAUGGCCGCAGCCAGAAACCCAAAUCAUAUAAAGGUAGUCCGGUUCCCAAGAAGCUGACCUUCUCCAGAAAAAGCUUGUCAAGUCCUAGCCCUUGUCACAAAGAACGCAUCUGGGACUCUGAAGAUGUGAUGUCUUUUGAUGAAUCGCCGAACUUCAAAAGCAGCCCAAGCGAGUUCUUCACCUCCCCAGUAUCAGAUGAGUUCCCUGACAAGUGCACCUACAACAAAUUGCGCUCCUCCACUCCUGUAGUGCAGUUUCCUUCCAUGCUUGCUCUGAAAACUUUCAUCAAGUCUCCCCCAUGUUUAGACUUCCUUCCUUGGGUGCUCACGGCUGACAAAUGUGCCGGACGCCCCUUCAGGGAGUUUUUGCUGCGGCGGAACUACGCAGUAGAAGUUCAUCUCCUUGAUCUGUGGCAUGACCUGGAGGACUUCUUGCGCAUGAUGUUGUGCUCCCUUGGAGAAGGGAACAUCCUUCUGCGCCACGUGAUGGGGGAAAGGAUUUGUGAGCUGUAUCUGACGCAGAGCAACAAUUGGCAUCUGCCCCUGAAACUAACAACACUCCAGAGUUUGCAGAAUCUCCUGCCUUCUGGUCAUGUGAUUCCCUGGGUCCUGAAAGCACAGAAGGAAGUCUGUAAGAUACUCAGCUUCCUCUAUGAAGAGUUUCUUCAGAAUGAUGACAAAAUGUUCCUGUAUUAUGUGAGUGGCAAGGAAAAGAAACCAAAUGCAGAAGAGCCAUAUGACAGAACUGAGAACCUGCGGCUGAUCAGAAGGAUCAUUGAAUCCUUGCAUCUGAGUCAGGCCUUAGCUGGCAUGAGAGACAUUGACCUGCUGACACAAGACCACUGGCGACUGUUGGGCAUUCAGGACCUGAGCACUGGAGGCUCUAUUUUCAUGGAAUUGGAGCCUGUUGCGCCACAGAUGGAUUAUGGCAGCAUGACAUUUGAAGAGCUGGCUCGGCUGAAUCCCAAGAUGGCUGUGGAACUUCUUAGCAAGAACUUCCGGGAGUUCUGCAAAAGAUGUCCAUCAGGCAAAGUGUUUGUUCGGCCAGUGGUUCCCAAAAGGAGUCUCCAAUGGGCCAGAUCAAGUUUCUCCUUCCUGAGGAAGGCUGUGGUUAGGAAACCCAUUUCAAAGCCCAGAACUCUCUCUGAAGUGAUGCAGAACUCGCUCCAUUUUGAGUACUUCAGGAACUUCCUCAGGCUACACAAUGCAGAAGCCCCACUCCUUUUCUGCCUGACUGUAGAAGAUAUUAAAAAAGAGCUAGAUCCCAGGAUUCAGCAAAUGCAGAUCAACGAGUGUGUCCGAACUUACUUCUUGAGCCCUAUUCCACCCGAAAAACUGCUGCAUUGUGAUGAAUAUGUCAUCCGUGAGAUUCCAAAGUUACCAUCAGUCACUCUUCCCAUUUUGGUCACUGCUCAAAUAUUAGUCCUGAGGAACUUGGAAGAGAAGUGGUUUAAUAUGUACCAAGGCCUAUAUCCUGAUAGUGAUAUUGCCCUUGCUCCAACUGGUUGGAAGUCAAAGAAGGAUUCUGCAUUGACAAGCAAGCAGAAAAGAUGCUGGUGUAUGCUUACUGCCUUCAUCAGGAGGAUCUGUAAGUUCCGAAAAGCAAUGAGCUAUGUGGGACAGCGCAAACGCUUUGAGAACUUUCUCCUCAAGGAGGUGAAGAACGACAAGGAAAAUAUACAGAGUCCAACUCAAACAAAGCCUGCAAUUCAGAGUGGAGUUAGUGGGCGUUCUGGCCCAAGUUCUGGACCAUCAGAAGAACCUGAAUUGCAACAGGUGAAGCGCAAGCUACCUGGUGGCCGCAUCAUCUCAGUCAACUUCUUGGUGAAUGAUCUCUAUUUUUAUCUAGAAAUGGAGAGGUUUCUUCAUCUAUCUGACACUGUGGUCAUGCUGGCUUCUCUUGGGUUCUAUACAGAGAGAGAUAUUGCCUUCUUGAAGAACAAAGUGACCACGAUCACCAAACUAUUUCUGAACUCAGAUAUCCCACCUAAACUUAGGGUCAAUCUCACAGAUGCACAGUGUAUUCAAAUUCGGACUUUAAUUUCUGAAGGUGUGCUGAACCGGACUCUUUAUCAUGGUGCUAUAAUAGCCAUCUUCCCACAUUUGUUAUACUUCUGGAAGAAAUACUGUUAUUGGAAAGUGAUGAAAUGUUUCAGAAAACGUAAAGGAGAAAAAACAGAUGAGUCUCCCCCUGUUCCACUACUGUCACCUACAAAGGCAGCUAGGAGGUCCAGUGGUUUCAGUGGAGAAGAUCAUCCAAUCAUCAGGUUUACUUUGCUCAAGGGAAUACAGCUACUGCUGCCUCAACCAAGGGAGGCAACAGACGAAUUACCUGGAGAAAAAUGUAAGUCUUUUUAUAUAAUGUUAUUAAUAAUUUUAACUAUAAUAGUAGUUAAUUAGUAACAUCUAAUC